AUACAGUGGCUGUGUGAGACAGCACCCGAGGGGGUUUCUCGCUAGCCUCUAUAUUGGUCGAGGGCCGGAACCAUCGUUCCCUUAACCCACCAUAUCGUCCGGUGAACUGUCUUUUACCAGGGAGCUUUUCCGCUCCUUUGUGUUCAGCCGAAUCGGUCUCCCUCGUUGUCAUUAUGUCGACCGCAGUUGCGCCUGCUCAGGCUGCUCCGCUGACUUCUCCGCGUAUGACCCGUGAUCUGAGUCCGAAAAAUUGCCCAACGCUGGCACCUGCGACCUCGAAUAACCAGGCGAGUCCCACGCCGCCGCGGCUGUCUGCGCCCUCCCGGGAUGGAUCUUCCGCCAAAAGCUCGCCUGCAGGAAAAAAACCCACGUCACCUUCAUCACAAGCCGGGUCCAAUGCCGCUCGAGUUAUUGUGAAGAAAGAACCCCCUUCCUCGCCUGCCAUGCAGAUCAACACCCGACCUCGCCCGCGGAGGUUGGACCUUUCCACUAGCCUUCCGAAUUCCGGAGGAUUAUCCGCUCGAGCUCCCGGCGGUCCUAUGACGGCUCGUGAGGGUGUCAAUAUGCAAGACGUCGGUAUCGCUUGUCUGUCUCCCGGAUUCCAAACCCACAACCCAGCGAUGAGGGAACAGCUGCAGCGGAGCCUGUCGGUUCGGGAUCAGCAAAGAUCAAUCAUUGAAUCGCGUCUCCAAAAGUCCGCCAAGGAUGAUGGACCGGAUGGGGUCAAGCCAUCGGAAGCAUUCGGCGUUCCCAGGGGCAGUGUUUCGAAGAGAAGACCGCCGCCGGGGUUGUCAAUCGUGCCCCCUUCUGCGGCCCAGUUUGCAAACGAGCGUGUCAUCCAAUCCGCACCGUUGCAUCAGACAUUCACGGGUCGACACGAGGCACAACCGCUGACUCGCCACGUCGUUAACCAAAGUCCGACUUUAGGAUCUACCUCCCACAUCCACCAUGUCCCCGCCACUCAAACGAACAACCGUCUUCCGCCGUUGUCUGAUGUAUUUGGAUCCGAUGCUUUGGGUGCUCGUGAUCGUGAUGGGAGCAGAGGAUCAUACUACCCCAACGCAACUGGGAACAACCUCCCCCAGUCAAACAAUCUACCUCCGAUCCCUUCGCCUCGGAUAUCUCGGGAUGCGGCGCAACCCCCCAAGCGGCCCAGGGAAUACCGCUCCGCGGAAGAAGCGGUCCAGGAGCUGUCCGGUGGACGAGAGGAACUUCUGCCGCGCAUUGUGCACUAUGGUGGUCACCAGCCCCCGACUCCGCCAUCUCCCCGUGUGGCCAGCCGCCCGCCGAAGUCCGGUGUACCCCAUUUGGAUGCCGCGCCCAUGACAACCGUGCACCCUCCGCCGCCGGCACUAUACCCGUCGGAGGGCACUGCCCGUCGUCGCUCGAGAAACGAGUACGAACAUGAACACGGAAGUCCGCCUCUGGGCCACGGCCCCGAGCCACAAUAUCGCCCUAACCCGGCCUUGGCCUCUGGCGCAAGCGCUAGUCAUGGCCCGUUUGGUGCGGGGAGGGACUCUCCCGAGACGCAGCGCAAGAAGAAAGAGGAAUUCCUCAGUCUCUGUGCCCGUGCAUGGGACCUAUUCCAUUCUUGAUCCUUCACUCACUUUUGAGGGUUUCUGUAUACCUAGUCUUGCUCAGACUCGUGAGCGUACUUCCAGACUAUCCCUAGCCCUGGUGCGCGGUUUCCAGUGUUGCCGGACUUGGCUUUUGCUCAAGGCGCAAUCCAGCAGCG